GAAAAAUAAUCCUAAGCUAUUAUUAAUUGAUAAGGGUGAGUUAUUUGCUUUGCCAUAAACCUACUGUGAUUUUUGGUAACUACGUACUUAUUUAAAGUAAUUUUGAUAAUGUUCAAACUAUAAUAACUGCACCGUUUAAGAUUUGGACUAUAAUAGCAGACAUUCAAUCCUAAAUUCUUACCAGGGCCUAGUAGAGAUUGGUACUAAGGUAAGCCCACCCUUGGAACUUCUGUUGUAUGUAUUAUAUUCUAAAAUGUAGUGUACACAUAAGUGUAAAUAAAUAAAUUAAAUGUAGGUAUAUUACACACUCUUAAGCCUAGUUCGGACUACUUUAGCAAUUUAGUUGAGUAGCGUACUAAACUAUUUACUACUGCCCUAAAAUCUUUCACACCUUGUUUGAGUACAAUUCACAAGUGAGUGAUGGUUCGCAAGAUGAACAAUCUUCAAUGCAAUAAAGUAAAUAAACUGAUUAAGCUUAUCACAAGGGCUAUAAUAGAAGAAGAGGAUGAGGAAAUUUGUGUGAUUAAUAAAAACAAGCUAUGGGUACGAAAAUAAAUAUUUUGUAACAAAUUUCAUAGUUGUUUCUUCACUCCAGUGAAACAUCAUUUUGUGAUUUGAGGAACAACUAAUGGACUCAACUAAUUUGCCUGGUUCGGAGUUAUUAAGUUGGUGAACCAGUGAGCAUAGAGGCGUGGUGGAAGGCGCAUGAAAAUAGAGUAAAAUAGAUUGAAAUAGCUACUCAACUAAACUGCUAAAGUAGUCUGAACAAGCCUUAAAAUACUAAAAGUCCCUAUCAAGUAUCAAAUUUCUUUGUUAAAACAAAUGUGUUUGUCAAGCACAUUUUGUAAUAACACUAAGAUCUUCGCACAUAGUUUCAUAUACUGCAUUUAAAUUUUUCAGAACUUAAAAAUACUGAGACAUGCAGAAGAACUCUCAAGACGUUUCAAAUGUAGAUGUAUUUUAUAAACAGUAUCUUUUUAGAUCAGGGUUUUGUAAUGGUAUGGCAGCAUUUGUCAAACAUGAUUGGUCAUUAACAGACACCCUAAAAGGUGUGUGUGUGUGUGUGUAUACUUACAUUGUACAGUGUGAGUCUAGGGAGGAAGAUGUACUUAACAUAGUUUAUUUGCUGCUUUUUAUAGGAUAUCUUCCAGAUUAUAGAUAAUUAGUCCACUAAUCUUUAUACAGGCUUGUGAUAGCCCAGUGUAUAUGACCUCUGCCUCCGAUUGGGGGGGUUUGGGUUUGAAUGCGGUUCGGGGCAUGCACCUCCAACUUUUCAGUUGUGUGCAUUUUAAGAAAUUAAAUUACACAUGUCUCAAACGGUGAAGGAAAACUUUUAAGGAAACCUGCAUACCAGAGAAUUUUCUUAAUUCUUUGCAUGUGUGAAGUCUGCCAAUCCACAUUGGGCCAGCGAGGUGGACUAUUGACCUAACCCCUCUCAUUCGGAGGAGACUAUUGACUAUUGACCUAACCCCUCUCAUUAGGAGACUCGAGCUCAGCAGUGAGCCAAGUAUGGGUUGAUAACGAAGACGACGACCCUGUAUAUACAUAUACUAGCGGACGCCCGCGACUUCGUCCGCGAAUUCGAUGUCAACUUUCAAUUCCUAUUUCACACUUUUCUGUUUAUAUUUUUGCAAGUUUUCUAACACAUACAUUAAAAUAGUCCAAUAAUCAUUUUACAUUUACAACUGUGCCUAGAAAAAUUAAGGACUUUCCAUACAGGGAUCCAGUCAAGAUUCGCUUUUACUUAUGUGCACUUCUUCCCUACCCCUACCUUACAUGUUACAAACUUUACGUCUUUAUAAUAUUAGUACAGAUUACUAAUUCAUUUAACAAAAUAUUUCUUUUAUUUUUCAUUUUAUAUGUUAAUUUUUUUAAUUAUAUACCUAUGGACGAGUAUACUGGCGGAUGCUUGUGAGUCCGAUAGCGUGGAAAUCGUUUUUCUUACCUUUUUCCAGCCUUAGGGAGCGCAGGUGUAACAGGGGGUGGGAUACAACGUGACCGCGCGGCGUGACUGAGUGGGGACAAAACCUCAAGAAAAAUACAAUAAUAUUUACUUUUAUAUACUCUUUAUUUUAAUCAAUACAAGCUUUUGAAAAAUAAAUCCGUCUAUCUCUUUGUCCGGGCUAAUAUAUGAGACGGCUGAACCGAUUAAAAGUGGACUUUCGCUGAAAGAUAGAGGAGGUUAUAUAGGCUACUUUUUAUCCGGGAAAAACCCGCAGGAUUUCUGAAAAAUUGAAUUUCACGAUUAUCACGAUUCAUUUAAUGAUUAUAACUAUACCUAAAUAUAUUUUUAAAUAAUAAAUAUACUUAAACAAUACACAUCACUAUCUAGCCCCAAAGUAAGCAUACAGAGCUUGUGUUAUGGGUGCUAAGAUAGUUGAUAUUAUAAUAUUAAUAUACAUUUAUAUACUACAUAUAAAUACUUAUAUAAUGUAUAAAUACACACAGACAAUGGAAAACACCCAUUCUCAUCACACAAAUAUUUUCCAGUUGUGGGAAUCGAACCCACGGCCGUGGAUGCAGAAAGCAGGGUCACUACCCACUGCGCCACGCGGCCGUCAAAUUUAUGUUGUAGGUGGGUCAUAUUAUAUUGUGUGAUUUAGUUUUAUAUUUUGUUUAUUGAUUAUCAGUUUGUUUAUGUUUGUUUUGCAUUAGCCGCUACUUUUGACUUUGAAAAUUGGAUUGCUGAAAGAAACCCAUAAAUAUGGUUAAAUACCUAAAACAGGUACGAGAUAUCCGUCAUGUAGGAAUUGCCUCACAGAUAUUAAAUACCUUAGAGAAGGAUACAUUUAUAGGCAGUAAUGUCGGUGACGUAGUCAUGUCUGCUGCGGAGACGCUGCCGGCGUUCGUCGAGCUGCCGCCGGAGCCCACCACACCGUCGCCAAGAGGAGCGGCGGGCAAACACACAGUCCACUGGUUCAGGAAAGGGCUGCGCCUGCACGACAACCCAGCCCUGCGUGAGGCUCUGGUGGACGCCACGACGUUCCGAUGUGUCUUCAUCAUCGACCCCUGGUUUGCUAGCUCGUCCAAUGUCGGAAUCAACAAAUGGAGAUUUCUUUUACAGUGUCUCGAAGACUUGGACGACAGUCUGAAGAAGCUGAAUUCUAGACUGUAUGUGGUGAGAGGCCAGCCAGCAGAUGCGCUGCCCAAGUUGUUCCGCGAAUGGGGAACUACCGCGCUCACGUUUGAGGAGGACCCAGAGCCCUAUGGCCGUGUACGCGACCAUAACAUUAUGACGAAAUGCCGCGAUGUUGGUAUCUCUGUGACGUCAAAAGUUUCUCACACUCUUUACCAGUUAGACGAAAUCAUAGAGCGCAAUGGUGGCAAAGCUCCUUUGACGUAUCACCAAUUCCAAGCGCUGAUCGCAAGCAUGCCGCCGCCGCCGGCGGCCGAGGAGACCAUAACGAUGGCGACGCUCAAUGGAGCCAUCACUCCAGUUGCUGAUGAUCACGAUGAUCGGUUCGGCGUGCCUACUCUUGAAGAACUAGGUUUCGAAACAGAUGGUUUACAGGAUCCAGUAUGGAUCGGCGGUGAGAAGGAAGGGCUAUUGAGAUUAGAACGUCACUUGGAGCGCAAAGCUUGGGUCGCUUCCUUUGGACGGCCUAAAAUGACACCACAAUCGCUUAUGGCGAGUCAGACUGGACUUUCCCCUUAUUUAAGGUUCGGGUGUUUAUCCACCAGACUAUUCUAUUACCAAUUGUCGGAUCUGUACCAACGUGUAAAGCGUGUACGGCCUCCAUUAUCUUUGCACGGACAAAUUCUUUGGAGGGAGUUCUUCUACUGCGCCGCGACGAGGAACCCGAAUUUCGAUAGAAUGGAAGGCAACCCGAUAUGUGUGCAAAUACCUUGGGAGAAGAAUGAUGAUGCUCUUGCGAAAUGGGCCAGUGGCAAAUCAGGCUUCCCUUGGAUUGAUGCGAUCAUGAUCCAGCUGCGGGAAGAAGGUUGGAUCCACCACUUGGCGCGUCACGCCGUCGCCUGCUUCCUCACCAGGGGCGACCUCUGGAUCUCUUGGGAAGAGGGCAUGAAGGUGUUCGACGAGCUGCUGCUGGACGCGGACUGGUCGGUGAACGCGGGCAUGUGGAUGUGGCUGUCGUGCUCCUCCUUCUUCCAACAGUUCUUCCACUGCUACUGCCCCGUGCGCUUCGGACGGAAGACCGACCCCAACGGGGACUUCAUUAAGAAAUACAUUCCAGCUCUAAAGAGCAUGCCCGUGGAGUACGUGCACGAGCCGUGGAUGGCGCCCGAGGCGGUGCAGGCGGCGGCGCAGUGCGUCGUGGGCCGCGACUACCCGCUGCCCAUCAUCGACCACAACAAGGCCUCCGCCGUCAACAUCGAGCGCAUGAAGCAGGUCUACGCGCAACUCGCCAAGUUCAAACCCCAAGGAUCAAUAAACCCUCAGGUGGUGCAAAGGCCCAAUGCCAUGCAAUCCUCGCCGAGUCCAACAUCUAUUAUAGUCAACAUCAACCAAUCAAACUAUUUGUGCAGUCAAUCGUCUGAUUCAACACAGACCAAACAGUACAAUGAAGACUAUGUAUUCCUGAAACCCUCGAAGAAUUUCAGAAUGCGAUCCGAUCCCAACAAACAAACGUCCUUCAAACAAGUUGUUAUUGUCCAUCAAGUUCAUAAACAGAGAUUACAUCAGCCACCUGCUGAAGUACAGUACAUUAAUCUUAUUAACAGUAUGCAAGGGUCAGUGGCACCUGAAAACUACGACUUCACAAAACUAGCGAUCAACAAUCUACUAACAAAUGAUCCCGGUGCAUAUCUAUCAAGAAACGAUGGAUAUAUGCAAAAUGAUAAAUCAGACGAGUACACCACUGGUAAACCAAAAAUGUUUUAUGUGGAAAAUGAUGAAAUUCCUACAGAUGAUAACGCACAAAAUUAUAUACCUCAUUCGUAUAAUAAUUACCACUGUAUGGAGAGAAAAUCAGAAUUAAAUGUUGAUAACACCAGAAAUAUACACAAUUUGGAUAUAAACGAAGAUCCAUCUAAUGCCAAUGAUGAGAAACAACAUGAUGAUGAGAAUUAAUAGAAAAUGUAAACUAUUUUGAUGUCUAUAAUUAAAUAAUAGUACAUUAAGAUAGAAGUGCGGUAAGUUGAAAAUUACAGCCGAAGCGAUAUUGCAGCUCGAGCCAAAGGCGAGUAUUCCUAUAGUAAGGAAGCAGAGGCUGUAAUUAUCAAAGCGCACAUAUAUCAUACGACGUUUUAUAACACAUUUGCGAGGAAACACACUUUCUGAAAAUGAAUUUGCAUCUUUGCCUGUUUUCCUUAAUAACAUUUUGAUACGCUUGUGAUUUUUGCACAGAUAAUGAAGUGCACACAUCAUGUUUGUUUAUUAUAUUUAAUCUCACGAUUUAAAUUUUAUUCUUAAAAUGUUGAGCACUUUUCUGACAUAAAAACUCUGCCAAGAUUUAAAAGUACUGUUUGUUAUAAGACGGAGGAAAAAGGCACAUGUGCGUAAUGAGAUACAUUAUGAGCAAAUGUGUUAUAAUAGUAUUUUAAAUUAAAUGGAAUAGUAUAAAUGAGUCAAAAUGUCGUCAAAAUUGUCUUUAUUAAUAUUAAAUGCUAUAAAUAUAUUAAUUACUAUAACUCUGCCACAGUCUUCAUGUGCUGUUGUAGAGCUUUUGCUGCUUUCCUCGAUUUAAAGCCUGGUUUUUGAACAGGUUUUUUACCUUUGUUUAUUUUUAAUUCAUUCUUUAUACUUUCUAAGAUGGGCAUCUGAAUAGGAGAAAAUACAUAGUAUUCAGUUAACAAAUCUUAAUUAAAAUCUAAUAAAUGUACAAAAAAUCAUCAUUUUCAAACAAGUUCCUCUGGUAGCAGUAAUUCAGUUGACCAAAACAAUGCUAUGUUCAAUGGCCGUUUAGUAACAUUUAGGCAAUUAAAUUUUUUUAGCAAAUGGCAUGGUAUCUGUACAAAUGCAAUGGUAUUUUUUAAACAAACAUAUUUGUCAUAAAAAGACUCUAAUAAAAUAGUAUUUCUAUUUAAUGAUUAGGAUUUUUUUUUGAAAAAUGUAAUAAACGAUCUUUAUAAAAAUGUUUUACAUUAUGUUACAGUAUUCAUAGCAAAAUUUUUAAAAUAAAUAAUUAAAUAGUUUAAUUUAUUUGUUUAGGUGCAAUAUAAACCAAGGGUUAUCUAGCCAAAUACACACAUAACUGCAUGUAUUAGCUUUAACUGACUCACUGUUACCAAAGGUACAUGUUAGAUCUCAUUAUUUAAAUAAAUGUCAAUACAUUAAACCAUA